CCGCCGCCGGGAUGCCCGGGGCUGGAAAUCGGCACCGGGGAGAUAAAUAUGCUAAAAUCCCUUAAAUCAGGCACAGCAGCGCGCAGCCGGGAGCGGGACAAACCUCAGCCUGGUCACAUUAGUUUGAAAUAACUGCCUGGAUCGGAAAAAAAUAAUUAAAAACAAAUAACUGCGAGGCUCCGCGCCGAUCCCGGAGACCGACGGGACGUGCAGGGCCCGGGCAGCGGGGCCGCUCCAGGCGGCUGCAGGGCAGGGACCGACUCUGCCCGAAACCCGGCCCGUAGUGCUCGGGCCGGAGCCCAGCCGGGGUUGGCUGGCGACCCUGGGCCCGGGGAGCCGAGCCGGGCUGGGGCACAAGGGCGCUGGGACGGGGUACAGACUUCCCAGCGGGGCUGCGACAUCGCUAACACUUUUUCUUUUUUCCAAUCUCACACUUUUUUCUUAAAAUAAUUAAUUACUUUUGUUAUCCAAACAUCACAGUUUUAAUAUUUGCAAUUACUCGUGUGUUUUGGGGCGGAGAGCGGAGGUGCAUCCCGAAUCAACAGGCGUUUUCUGCGGAGUUUGUGGUGCAGCUCAGCGGCAGCAGCCGGGGUCCCGGUCUGGCUUCGCCACCCGCGAAGGUGCGGGUAAACCGGUCCGCCUUUGGGGCGGAAAAUAAUAAUAAUGGGAAAGGCAUAAAUAACUCCCCGGAGCGCGGCCGGGCGUUGCUGCAGGUCCCGUUUCCCAGGCGCUCCUGCCCCGUUCCUCAGCCGCUGGCUUUCGGGAGAAAAGGGACACGCUGACCGCAAUCCUUCGAGCCUCCUAGCUGGCCGCGGGGCGAGGACUGUUCCCUGCCCGGGGAUCGGGGCGGGGGCGGCGGGGAGCAGCCCCUCCGCUCCCCGCGGCUCCGGCCCGACGGCGCGGCCGGGGCGGGGGGCGCGGGAGCGGUCGGGGCCGUGCGGGCUUGCCCCGAGCCCCACCGGGGGCUGCGGGCAGGGGGAGCGGGGCGGCCCCGAGGAUGCUGCUGCCCCCGGGGCCGCCCCCGCGGCGGGCAGCGCUGGGGGCUGGGAGCUGGAGCCGGCCUCCCCCGGCCCGACCGCCCCAGUCACUACGACGCCGGUACUCUGACGUCACCCGUCACUGCCAAAUUCGCCAGGAAAUGAACUUUAAAAAAAAUAAUAACAAUAACAAUAAUAAUAAUAAUGACAGUAAUAAUAAUAAAACUCCUUUUGCUCGCUGCGGAGCACGUCUCGUCGGAGCGACAUGAGGCUCCCUCUCUGACUAUUCCCCCACCACCAUUCGUUGUCACCCUGUAACCUUCCCCAGGGGACCCCCAAGGCAGUCCCCGGGGGGCGGGGGAGACGGGGCCACACUGGGGGGAGCUAAAGGUUGGGACAGGGGAGGCGAUUACGCUUCCCCCCCCACCCCACAUGACGUCUCCUCCACCCAAAGCCCGGGUGUCCCGCUCCUCCCGGCCCCCUGACCUCGGGGCUGCUCGGUGGCGCCGGGACCGCGGCGCCCCUCGCCCCCUCCUGCCGCUGCGGGGGGGUCGCAAGCGGUGGGGCCGGGCAAGCUCCUCCGGCGGCUGCCGGGUGCGGAAGGGGCGGUGGAGCCGGCUUCUCCCGGGACGGGCUGGUUGGCCCGGGCAGGCCGGGGACAGGCGCUGGGCCAGACUCGGUGGGAGAGGGGCCGGGGUUCGGGAGGGCAAAUGCCCCCCACUCUGCGGAGCGUGCCUGGGAGUCUUAGUCCGGUGGUGCCCGGGAGGAAAGGGAAACAAAGAAAAAAAAAUGUGAAAAGGGAAAGUUAAAAGGGAGAGAGAAAACCAAGCGAGCUUUCCAAUAAUCCGGCUUCUCUCUCCGAGGCGAUUUUCUUUCUACAUGAACCAAAAUUAGCCAAGUAUCACCCGAAAAUGGAUUUUUAAUGUUUUGAAAGAAAGACGACUAUAAAAUAAACUCGGGCCGUUGCAGGUAGAUCCCCUCGGAGCCUCGCUGUACCCACCGCCGGAGGCGGCCGGGGCCGGGGUGAGCCGUGCCCGGGGAGUCCCGGCCGGUAGAGCAGGAAGGCGGUCACCGGGAUCACUCGGGCCCCGCCGGCUCCCGCUCCCGACCGCCAGGGAAAUCCAGCUCCUCGCUACGUGCUUAUUAAUUAAUUUGGAUAUUUUAAUUACUGCCCUCCUGCCAUCAGCACGGGGACGCGAUUUUUGGGUUUCGGGGAGGGGGGGUGUGGAAUGGGGUGGGCUGUUUGUUUUAGGCAGGUGAUAAAAUCGCAGUUAACGAGCUGAUAAUUCGUUCGUGUUUGUUUUAAAAGACAAAUUGUAAAGAUUAAUCAGGCGGCUUGAUUUAUGGCGAGGCAGACCCCGGCGCUGCCCGGCCAGGGCUCCCUGAAGCCCCCGUCUCGGGUUACCCGAAGCCCGGCAGGCGAAGGAAAACAAAAGGGGCGAGCGGGCGGCGGCUCCGGCAGCAGCGCCUCGGGACCGGCUGCCCCGGCGCCCGCCCCACCUCCGGCCCGGGGGUCCGGCUACCAACUCCCCGCCGCCGGGUGCUCUCCUCCUCCGGCCGGCGCCUCUCCUCGCACCCACCUCUCGCCUCCUGCAACCCCUCCCAUUAAAACCCUUUGUAAAAUAAAUGACCCCUCCAGCAGGGAUGAAAGAUUUCUGCUGAGAGACCGGCUGAGCUGGGAGACUUCCUAGCCGGCCAGCUCGCAGUACGUUGGUUUAUUUUGUUCUAUUUUAUAAUUUUAUUUAAUUGUAUGGUUUUUUGAUUCCCGACGUGUCCCGUCCCCGCUGCCUGGUUCUGGCGAACGGAGUGCCGGCUCUGGUCUCGGCCGCUCAACGCCCCGGCGGCACGGCUGAGGUUUUUAAUUGAAUUAAUUUACCCACCGGGAGCAGCAGCGAACUGCGCUGGCUGCUGGAGGCGAGCGGCUUAGCUCCGCUCCGCAGCCCGCCGCUCACGGCUGGUUAAGCAGCUCUUCCCUCAAUUUUCUGCCAAAGCUUCCCGGGAGAGGGUCUGGCCGGGCCCCACUCCUUCACCCCGCGCCUGCCAACCCCCUUUUACCUUCUUUUCCCCCUUCUUCCCCCGGGCACUAGGGGCUCCGUUUUAUUAACUUUGGUUUUUUGGUUUGUUUUUUUUUUUUUUUUAUUGCUGUUGCAAUUUAUUUUUCUCUUUUAAUAAGGGAGCUUUCGCAGAUCUAGAAGCACAACUGGUUAUUUUGAUUUGAUUGACAAGUGAUGUCAUAUCGUUAAGGGAGGGGGGAGACGACAACAUGUUUUAGCAACAGUUAGUAUUGCCAUGUGAUGGAGUUGACACCUAUUCUUGAGCAGAUGAGAAGGCAAAAAACAAAUAAGCCGGCGCCCCACACGGACCAUUUAUUUACAUGUCCGGACAGGGGAUUCUUCCUCUUUUUUUCCCCCUUCAUCCUGGGUGUUUGGAUCUGGGAAAAUUUGUACCUGAGGAGAACCCGCAGAGCCCAGGGCACGUUCCUCCAGCCACCCCUUCCUGGGGUGCCCCUGCGGCCCCCGAGGGCCACACUGUCCCCCGAUGAACGGAGACCUGGGAGCCGAGACCUCCCGUGCAGCACUGCCCCGCUGCCUCUCCGAGGUGCAGCCCACAGACGCAGGCAUGCGAGACUCAAGGGAGGGCAGGAAAACUCCGUGGAAAGAAAGAAGAGGGAGAGAAGUGCUCAGCGCUUAGCACCGCCCGGGGCCGCGGCGCUGCCGGUGCCGGCGGGCGAUGUGCGAGCCCCGGGCGUGCUGGGGAAGGCGGCUGCUCCCGGUGGGGAGGGGCUGCCAGGGACUGCUCUGGGCGUCCCGCAGCUUGGGGACCGGCCGGCUCUGCCAGCAGAGAAUUUCUGCGGGGUAUGGACCGCACCGUGGGAACCCUCGGUCCCUGUCUCGCUCCCGACACGCUCCCGCACACGCCUUCACCUGCGCUUUGUCGCAAUUUGCCUGGUGCCCGCAGCCCCCCGGCUCGCUAGGCUACAAAAUAAAGGGGAGGAAAAGCCUCAAGUAGACCCCAGCCUGCCCACAAAACCGCCUUUUGUGCAAGUUCCCGAAGAGAACUGCGUGCAUGGGGAAGGGGGAGGUUGCACACGAGCAGCUUUGUCCAGAAAAAGGUAUAAUUUUCUUUUUCAGGAGCUGACAGGAAAGAUUUCGUUUGCAAGAUCUCUCUUUAAUUUUAUAUAUGUAUAUAUUUUUUUCUUUCGAGGUUAUCUCGGGAGCAGCUGUUGUAGGAGGGAGGCCGACCCCUCAGGUUUGAUUUGUUUCUCCUCAGGCAAAACUUCGCUGGGGAGGGACCGACCCGGCACGGAGAACGGGACUCGAUUCAUGCCCGGCAGCGGCGGUGCCCAGCGGCCGCCUGUCCCUGCGAGCCGCGGGGCUGAGCCAGUUCUCCGCACGGUGCAUGGGGAGCGUCAGUUCUGCUCCUCGAGGGGCCGCUCGGCGGGCUGGGGAGGGGUCCGGCCGCCGGAGCCUCCCCGCGACGGGAGCGGCGGCUCUGCCGCGGGCGGAGGGUGCGCGCAGCCCGGCGGAGGGGCUGCCGCCGAGAGCGCUUGCUGA